AUGGGCAGCAGCUCGCUGUGCGAGGACUACCGCCUGUGCCUGGAGCGGGGGCUGCGGCGCGGCCGCGCGGGCGUGUGCGGGGACCCGUCGCUGCGCGCCGUGCUCUGGCAGAUCCUGGUGGAGGACUUCGACCUGCACGGGGCGCUGCAGGACGACGCGCUGCCGCUGCUCGCCGACGGCCUGUGGGGUCGCGCCGACCUGGCGCCCGCGCUGCGCCGCCUGGCCCGCGCCUUCGAGCUGCUGGAACUGGCGGCCGUGCACCUGUACCUGCUGCCCUGGAGGAAGGAGUUCACCACCAUCAAGACCUUCUCAGGGGGCUACGUGCACGUGCUGAAGGGCGCACUGUCUGAGGACCUCCUCAUCCAGAGCUUCCAGAAGAUGGGCUACGUGCCCAGGGACAACCACUGCCUCCAGGUGGCCGCCCCGCCCCCCGCCGGCCAGCUGGUGCAGGUGGCCCUGGGCUGCUUCGCCCUGCGGCUGGAGUGCGAGAUCCUGGGCGAGGUGCUGGCGCAGCUGGGCACCAGCGUGCUGCCGGCCGAGGAGCUGCUGCAGGCGCGGCGGGCCAGCGGGGACGUGGCCUCCUGCGUGGCGUGCCUGCAGCAGCGGCUGGCCCGGGAGGAGGAGCCGCCGCCCCUGCCGCCCCGGGCCUCCCCCGCCGGGUUCCGGGCCCCGCUGGACCUGUACCGGGACCUGCAGGAGGACUCGGACUCGGACUCCGAGGAGGCCAGCCUGUACGGAGGGCCCUCUCCGGGCCCGGGCUCCCCCUCCUCGGAGCCGGCCUACCGGCCGCUGCCGUGGGAGCAGAGUGCCAAACUGUGGGGCCCUCGGGGCAAGGCCUGGGAGCCCAUGGAGGAGGCCGAGGCCCUGCAGGAAGUCAGCAGCCCGCCCCGCAGCCCACCCUACGGAGUGCUGGAGGAGGAGGAGCCGGAGCCCGAGGCCUUCUCCUUCCUCUCCCUGCGCCGGGAGCUGAGCCGGCCCGGGGACCUGGCUGCUCCCAAAGCCCCCGGGAGCCCCGGCCCCCAGCACGGGCCUGGGCCUGUCGGCGAGCCCCCUGGCUACCAGGUGCACAGCUGCCUGGCCCCGGGGGCCCUGCCCGCCCGCUGCUGUGACACCUGCCGCCAGCUGCACACCGCCCACUGCGCCGCCCUGCCCGCCUGCCGCCUGGGCCACGAGCUGCGUGCCCUGCUCGGCGACGCCCACCAGCGCCUGUGGCUGCAGCGCGCCGAGAUGGACACCCUCCUCUACAGCAGCCCCGGGGCCCGGCCCUAG